UUUCGGUUUUCAUAUGUUGUGAAAGAAUAUGGACUAUUGUAUUGUAUUUUGGAUUGAAUAAUCGUGAUGACAUUUGACCUGUGUGAUGUGAAAUAAUUUAUUGGUGUAGUGUUUAAGAAACUUGAGUUUUGUGUCUACAAAACUGAAAUCGAUCGCGUUAUCAAUAAAGUAAUGAUGUCAGAACCUUAUCUAAAUGAUAAACAAGCUAUUAAUUCGUCGGACACCGUCGUGCAUAGCAGGCUAUUGAAGUAUUUGCUCCCACCACCAAUGGCGGAUAUAAAGUACAAAUUCGAGUACACCGCGCCCGAAAAUGUGGAAUCAGAAGUGCCAACCGAGCAAAAACUCCGCGAUUCCUCUGCCAUUGAAAAACCAACUAUUUGGGAUGAAAAUAACAUCGACGACCGCGAAGACUACGUUUUAGCUCCAGUUGUGACAGUAACUAAAAAUGAAGCGACUUUCACUAAAGGAGAUAUGAAGCUUCAAAAAGUGACAGUCACAGAGAACGUUUCGGAGAUACGCAAUGGCGUAUUCCACACAAUAAAAGCACCGUCCUACCCUCCCAUCUAUUCUGACGUCAUCCCUGAUUCACCAAUCAGAAAGAUGGAACCAGAAGAGAGGAAAACCAGGAUUCCAACUAGAUUCAAGAAUGCUGUCAACAGAGUGAGGAGGGAGAGGUCUAUGCCAGCUAAAAAGGCGGAGGCCCAGCCAAACCUUCUUCGUCGAUCUUCAAUCCCCAGACUGAAGCCCAAAGCUCCCUCCCCUAAGCCUGANCCAGUCGUCGCUUGCUCCAACAGAGCGAGCCACAGAGAUACGCAAUGGCGUAUUCCACACAAUAAAAGCACCGUCCUACCCUCCCAUCUAUUCUGA